UAAGCGAUUCGCUCGGCAUCAACCCGCAGCUGAUGGUGGAGUACGAGAAGCUGCUCAACGACGAAUCACUCAGCGCCGGUUGUCUGCAUCCGGGGUAUACACGUAUUACCUUCCCCUUCUUUAUGCCCGAAUCCGAAGUCGGCUUCAUUCUGGAAGCUCUGAAAAUGGUGGCCACCGAGGCCUGGAAGCUGCUGCCCCAGUACGAGGUCGAUGAGCGGACGGGUGAAUGGCGCCAUCACUCGAACUCGCUUGCCAAGGAACGCAAAUGGCUCGGUGCGAUACGUUACAUCGACGGCAAGAUGCUGUUCUCCGAUCGGCGCAUCUCGGGCCCCGGUACCUUCCCACAGAAUUACUCCGACUGUCUGCAGACGGCACGGAAUCUGUUUAACCGAGCACGCAAAACGGCCCAACGCUCCACGGCCGAGGAGAUCGUACUGAAGCUGUCGAAUUUGGCGAUGGAAAAGCUACGUUGGUACAUGCUGUCCGGUGAGGCACACGAGCUGUUGCUCGGCCAUUCACAUAAUGUAAAAAAUACGGUUCCCUUUGACCCCACGAGAAUACCUGAGAAUGCGUCACUGAUGUUGAUCCACCGGCACCACAGUCUAUCGGCACUCGAUAUCAAAAGGUUCAAGAGUCGUAGUUUACCGGCUUCACCGCUUCAGAUAUCGACCCGGAGGCAGAAUUCUAGCUCACCGUACCAAUCGCACAGUCCCACACCGACCUCUUCGCCGCCGAUGGUACGAUUUUCGGUGGGAGGUGAGGUAACCACCAUACUUAACCCACCCCCAAUGGCAUCCGGUGCUAUCGUGGUCGGUGCAGGGCGUGAUAUGAGUGUCAGUCGCAAUAGAUGUCACAGUUGGGGAGCCGCCAGCUAUCGUGCCGCUAUCGGUGGACGUGAGAGUCAUGUGGCUAACGAUAGCACCAGUGGCACAGUGGACGCUUCUCGUGGUACUACUGGUGGCGGCGGUGGUAGUGAUGAUACCGGUGCUAACGACAGUGCAACCGUUGGUGGUGCCAGUAAUCUGCACGUGCUGAGUCCACAAACCCGCAUAAGUCUCGGGCUGGAUCAGCAGCCUCCAAUGCUACAGCAGCGAUCGGCUCAACUACAUCAGCCCAUGACCUACAGCCAGCAGCAGCAGCAGCAGCAGCAGCAGCAAGUACAAACUCACCAUCAGCCGACACAAAGACAAAAUCACCAUCAGCAGCAUCAGCAUCAGAGGCCACCACUUCAUCGUCCACUGUCGAUGGCAUACGGUUCCACCGCUAGUCCACCGAUUCAGCUGCGCCCUAAACAGAGAUCCUGUUCGUGCAGCAGCCAGACGGAUCUCAGCUUACAGCGCAACGACAGCCCACCGAGGCCCGCGACCACUGGAACGGCUUCACCAACACCAAGCCUUCCCAAUUUGCGGUCGCUGAUGGGAAGCAGCUGCGGUGAAAGUACGGAAGACAUUCAGGCGUACGUGAAGGAAGUCACGAAGGAGCUGGCUGCGGAGAUCAAGUCAGAAAUCCGGGAGGUUAUUGGCAAGGUCGAGGAUGUGCUCGAGAGCACCGACAGUAUAGAUCUGGGCAGCAUGGUUAACUACAAUUCAUUAGGACAUCUAAGCCAUCCGCCACCGGUCGAGAACAAACGGGAUUCCAUCUCUACAAGCGACGUGGUGGACUAUCUGCGCGAGUUCAGUAAAGAGAUGACGAACGAGGUGAAAUCCGAGAUACGGGACGUCGUGAAUGCGGUCGACGAAAUCAUUUCACCGGAAGGGUUCCUGGGUUCCCGCAAGAACUCCCCACCGGAUAUACUACGCAGCGGUGGUGGAGCUAACCAGCACGGGUCUACCGGUGGCCAUAAACUCUUGAUCAAACAACGGUUCAGCGAUGUGACGCCAGAAACGGCCAGCCAGCGGCCACGAUCGGCCGAUAACGAGAAGCACCGGUCGGAGUCGUUCCCGCGGCCAAACUCGGCCGCCAGUCCGGACCAUCAUGGGAUCAUGGGCCCACCGUUGCAUUACACCGGUGCCAUCUCGAAGAAUCUCGAUCUCCGGUCGAGCAUGUCAUCUCAGGAUUCGGGCAUAAAUAUGAACUUUUGCGAUGCAAUGGAAGAGCAUAGGGUGAAGGGAAUGCGAUCGACUGGCAGUGAUAGAAUCCGUACGGUAUCGGCGGAUAUUGAUAGCUCGAUCACCAACAAACCAUUGGUUCCUCCGAAGCGGCUUAUCUCGGAGCCUGUCGGUGGCUCGAUCCUCGAAUCCGAGGCCACGGAACAUCGGCAACCAUCACCACUUGAUGUUGGCUGUGCCGUUAAAUCAACCUUCACCCGGCAGCAGCAUGUCCUUAACCGUACAUCGUCUAUCGAUAUCGAUACCAGCACUAUCGUCCAGCCGGUGUUAGUGACGGGGGAUAUCCAGUGGCACAACAUGCCUAAGGAAGUCUGGAAGCAGGCAGCCGAGGCGCUAGAUGAGUACAAAAUGUUAAAAAAUGGUGAUCGUGUACUGGUGUGUCUCUCGGGGAGUAGCUCCUCCUUGUGUCUGCUGCACCUGCUACGACAAUUUUGCCGUGCGAGGCAGCUGAACGUGGAGCUUGGCGCAAUUACCAUCGGGGAAACCGGAGUCGAUCCACGUGCGCUCAUGUUGUACCUGAAAGAGCUCGGUGUGACAUACUUCUACGAACCAGUCGUCUCGGAUCAACAACUUGAUGAGCAGCUUUUGCACCACGCUUACCGCCGACAAUAUUCAAUUCUAGCGAUGGCCAGUACACUAGAUAAAUUGGCAAACGAGUUCCUGGUUGCGCUGCUGUACCGCGGAGAGCUGAGUGCGCUGCAAGCGGUGCAAGGACCGUGCACCUCCAAAGGAGAUGCUGGGUCAGUGAAAAUCAUACGUCCACUGUUGUACCUGCGAGAGAAGACUUUCGAAGACUUUUCUAGCGCCCAUGCACUUCCAACUAGGCCGUCACGUGUUCUUACGAUAUCUGACGCCACAUGUGCCGGUCCUACGAGGGAAUUGCUGCAGUCACAAGAGGCGGUUAAUCCUAACGUGUACACCAACAUACGGAGUGCACUGAAACCGAUUCUUUCUCUUAGAUCCGAACCUUCCAAAUCGGCAUACGAGAUGUUGCGAUCAUCACUAAAUACCCGCGAAUAAACAUUCGAACAAUCAAAUUGAUUGCGAUCGAAGCAACGCUAGAUUUUAGUUAGAUCGUAAGUCCUAUUACUAGGCUUAAGCAGAUUACACUAAGACAUACUAGAAAUUGCGAAAGACAAGAACGAUAAGAAGAUUUGAAGCAAAUCUGAAUGCAGGCGAAAUAAACAAACGGCAAAACGUG